UCUACAGCAUUUUUUACUGUAAUUAUCUAGGUUUGCUACUAUGUCUGAGACUGCUCCUGCCGCGCCGGCUACUCCAGCUCCAGCAGAGAAGACACCUGUGAAGAAAAAGGCUAAGAAGCCUACGGGUUCCGCAGGAGCACGGCGAAAGGCGUCUGGGCCCCCGGUGUCUGAGCUGAUCACCAAGGCCGUGGCCGCCUCCAAUGAGCGCAGCGGCGUGUCUCUGGCCGCCCUCAAGAAGGCGCUGGCGGCCGCCGGCUACGAUGUGGAAAAGAACAACAGCCGCAUCAAGCUGGGGCUCAAAAGCCUGGUGAACAAAGGCACUCUGGUGCAGACCAAGGGGACCGGCGCCUCAGGCUCCUUCAAGCUCAACAAGAAAACUCCUGCGGGUGAAGGCAAAGGGAAAGCCAAGAAAUCGGCCUCUACCAAAGCAAAGAAGUCAGCAGGGGCUGCCAAGAAACCUAAAAAGACCACCGGGGCGGCCACGAAGAAAACCUUGAAAAAGACACCGAAGAAGGCUAAAAAGCCAGCGGCGGCGGCGGGAGCCAAGAAGGCAGCCAAGAGCCCGAAAAAAGCCAAAGCUGCUAAACCCAAGAAGGCGGCUAAGAGCCCUGCAAAGGCUAAAGCCGUGAAGCCCAAGGCAGCGAAGGCAAAGGUGACCAAACCUAAAACAGCUAAGCCCAAGAAGGCGGCGCCAAAGAAGAAGGAGUGAACGUCACAACACUUCUCGAGAAUCCAAAUGGCCCUGUGGCUGUUGCUGUCUGGAGAACAGAUCAAGCACAUGAUGUUUGGAGGGCACCAAGUAUGCCAAUUCCCCAAAAAGGACCCCAGGGGCCCUACAAUCUAAAGGUUUUUUUUUUCCCCAAAAUACACUCCCAUUCUCAGUUGCUUUAAUUAUAUUGUAUAGUUAGUAUCAAAAUAGUUCCUUUUCAGUUAUUUUGUAUCGAACUUAGCAUAGUCAUUGAUUCUAACAAAAGCAAUUUAUAAUAAUUCAUAAUUUCUCCCAUUUUUUACCCUUCUGGGUCAUAAAGCAAAUAUGGUCACUGCGUAAGAAGAAUUGUUCUAUAGUAUAAAGUACUCCACAGGCAACAGUUUGUAUUUAAAGCCUAAUCUUCCCCUCUGUUUUUUCUUCACCUAAAACACAUGAGAUGUAUCCCAAGGAAUGCUUGUGUCGAUGGAAGUAUCCAGCAGCAGCAUGAACACUGGACUUACAGCCAGAGGACUGAAAUUUCAAAACAUGUCUCUACCACUGACUCCAUGUUACCUUCUGGGCCUCAGUUUCCUCAUUUAAGGAAAUUGGACUAGAUGAUCUCUGAAGUCCCUUUCAUCUGUAAGUCCUAAGUUGAACUUUUGAGAAUCAUCCCUGGUUGCAAAAUGUUUGAUUAGUGCUUCCCUUGCCCAUUUUUAUUUGUUUGCAUCAUCUGUUGUCUGAAGGAAAAGCAGAAACCCAUGGGGAAAAUGAAUAAAUGCAUUUCAA